CUAGAGCGGCGGCUGGUCUGGAGAGGAGCAGGGUGCUCGCUCUGGCUCCACGCGCAGGGACGCCGCCGGGCCCCCGCACUGGGCACCGGGCACGUCACGAGCCGGGGAUGUGAGCUGCGCCCGCGCGGCAUGGCAGCCUCAGGGGUGCUUGGAGGAUACGACAUCCUCAUCAUCUACAGCUCAGAUGCCGAGGACUGGUGUCAGUACCUCCAGGAUCUUUUCCUAUCAAGUCGGCAGGUCCGCACCCAGAAGAUACUGACUCACAAACUGGACCCCAAGGCCUCCUUCUCAGCCAAGGACUUGAACCUCUUUCUCAGCACCCGGUGCAUCAUGGUACUGCUGUCUGCAGAGCUGGUGCAUCACUUCUACCAGCCGGCUGCACUGCCCCUGCUGCAGCGAGCCUUCUACCCUCCACACCGCAUGGUGAGGCUGCUCUGCGGAGUUCAGGACAGCGAGGAGUUCCUGGAUUUCUUUCCAGAUUGGGCUCACUGGCAGGAGCUCACGUGUGAUGAUGAGCCCGAGAUUUAUGUGGCAGCUGUGAAGAAGGCUGUUUCUGAAGAUUCUGGCUGUGACUCAGUCACUGACACUGAGGCUGAGGACGAGAAGAUCCUUCCCUACUCAAAACAGCAUAAUCUGCCACAGGAGAAUUUCCCUGGGAACCUGAUGGUGGUGCAGCCAGAGCGCAUCCGUUGUGGGGAGGAAACCACAGUCUACGUUAUCCUGAGAUGUAAAUUGGAUGAGAGAGUGACAACAGAAGCAGAGUUUUCUCCUGAGGAUUCUCCCGCCGUUCGCGUGGAAGCCAUGCUGGAGAACGAGUACACUGUUUCAGUGAAGGCACCCAACCUUUCAUCUGGGAAUGUUUCUCUGAAGGUAUAUUCCAGAGACUUAGUGGUAUGUGAAACCACCAUUAGCUAUUAUACUGACAUGGAAGAAAUUGGAACUUUAUUGUCCAGUGCCGCAAACCCUGUGGAGUUCAUGUGUCAGGCCUUUAAAAUUGUGCCCUACAACACAGAGACCCUUGAUAAACUGCUAACUGAAUCCCUGAAGAACAACAUCCCUGCAAGUGGACUGCACCUCUUUGGCAUCAGCCAGUUGGAAGAAGAAGAUAUGAUGACAAAUCAAAGGGAUGAAGAGCUGCCCACCCUGUUACAUUUUGCGGCAAAGUAUGGAUUGAAGAACCUCACUGCCUUGUUGCUCACUUGCCCAGGAGCCCUCCAGGCAUACAGUGUGGCCAACAAACAUGGGCACUACCCCAACACCAUCGCUGAGAAGCAUGGCUUCAGGGACCUCAGGCAGUUCAUCGAUGAGUAUGUGGAAACUGUGGACAUGCUCAAGAGCCACAUAAAGGAGGAACUGAUGCAAGGGGAGGAGGCUGAUGCCGUGUAUGAGUCCAUGGCUCACCUCUCCACAGACCUUCUCAUGAAGUGCUCCCUGAACCCUGGCUGUGAUGAAGACCUGUAUGAGUCCAUGGCCACCUUCUCCCCAGCUGCCUCUGAAGACCUCUAUGUAGAAAUGCUUCAGGCCAGUACAUCUAACCAAAUGUCUGGAGAGAGUUUCUCUCGGCCCACCAAGGACUCUAUGAUCCGCAAGUUUUUAGAAGGCAACAAUAUGGUAAUGGCCAGUUUGGAGAGGGAGCGGUAUCAUCUUGGACAGGGACAAGACGUUUAUCGCACAGUGGUUGAUGAUGACACCUUUUCUGUGGAUGUGGAUGUGGCCAGCAGGCCCCCAAUUCCAGUGCCCAGGCCAGAGGCCAGUCCUCCUGGAGCUCACCAGCUGCCCGACAAUGAACCGUACAUUUCUAAAGUUUUUGCAGAAAAAAGUCAAGAGCGGCCUGGGAAUGUCUAUGUUUCCUCAGAGAGCAUCAAGAAAGAGGCGCCUGUCAGACCCUGGAGGGAUAGACCCCAGUCAAGUAUAUAUGACCCUUUCGCUGGGAUGAAAACGCCAGGCCAGCGCCAGCUUAUCACUCUCCAGGAGCAGGUGAAGCUAGGCAUUGUCAAUGUGGAUGAGGCAGUGCUGCACUUCAAAGAGUGGCAGCUCAACCAGAAGAAGCGCUCCGAGUCCUUUCGCUUCCAGCAGGAAAAUCUUAAACGGCUAAGAGAGAGUAUCACCCGAAGACAGAAAGAGAAGCAGAAAACAGGGAAGCAGGCAGACCUGGAGAUCACAGUCCCAAUUCGGCACUCCCAGCACCUGUCUGGGAAUGUGCAGUACGGCGUCUACGAGAGUGGCCCCCGGAAAAGCAUCAUUCCUCUCAGAACAGAGCUAAGACGAGGAGACUGGAAAACAGACAGUACCUCUAGCACAGCAAGCAGCGCCAGUAACCGGUCCAGCACACGGAGCCUCCUCAGUGUGAGCAGCGGGAUGGAGGGGGACAAUGAGGAUAAUGAAGUUCCCGAGGUUAUAAGAAGUCGUAGUCCAGGCCCCCAACAGAUAGAUGGAAUGCCAACUGUGCCCCUUGAAAGACCCCCCAGGGUACCUCCUCGAGCUGCUUCACAGAGGCCUCCGACCAGGGAGACCUACUUCCAUCCUCCUCCACCUGUUCCACCCAGGGGUCGCUGAUUCUACCUCCUAAAACUUGCCUGAUCCAGGACUUUAAGACUCAUGAUUUUCAGCCUGUUAAUGAUGGUCUUCACGUUGAGUAUUGUGGGCAUGACUGCUGACCUUAAGAUCCUCUCUCAUGGCUGAUAAUGUUGUGGUCCUGCCCUGCUUGUUUGGACUAUCCUUGAAGAAGACAAUAUCAAGGCACGAAGAAGUGAAAAACUAAGGACUUUAUUCACCAUUGCCAAGUGUAUUAACUUUUGUUUGCCAAAAGGAUGAAGACUUAGUUGGAAUGCUUACCUCUCAUUUAGUUUGUCAGAAGUCUAAAAGAUUGACCAGAAGUAUACUUUACAAGUGAUUUGACUGGAGUGCACUUAUGUU